AUGAAUAAUCAAGAAACCUACACUCAUUCAACAACUAAGUACAAACCAAUACCAGGAAAUGAACGCAUUUAGAUUGUAAAGGCUUUAGUCAAUAGUAAAAUGAGUCCUUCUUAAGUAUCAGAUCUAACAGGGUAUAAUCUCUCGACAAUAAAGGCCAUAUACCGAGUCUACAAAUAGGAAGGUAGAAUGUGGAAGAAAGAAAAAAGAGAUCAGCUUGUUAAAGUUAUCUAAAAUUUUGCUAUUUGUUUGAUUGACGAGGCCACUAAUACCAUCUAAUUGAUGGCAGUCAAAUCAACAAAAAGUGAUCAAAUUAAGAAUAAUAAUGAUCUUGAGAUUCUAGAAGAUAAGACUCAUGAGAACUCCAUUAAAUUUUUUAAGGAGAAUGAAUCUAAACUUUCAUUAAUCAUAAAAGAUUAGAAUCAAAAGGAAGAACUUAAGAAACAAUUUCAAACACUAAAUAUAACAGAAUUUUAAGAUAUCAGUAAAUCAGCUUUAAAACCAAAACAUAGUUUAAAAUGGAAAAAGAUAAAAAAGUACUUUUAAAAACGACAACUAGAUUAUCAUUACAUUGAGUCUUGUGGGUUAAAUCAAUUAGAAUAUGAAAAUAUGAAUACCUCGGAGAAAGUAACAGUCCUGAGGAAUAUACUUGAAUCUCAAAUGAAUUUAAUGAUUUAAAAUUUAAGCAAAUUUUGA